UGAUAAUGAGGAGGAGGAUGAUGAGGAGGAGGAGCUGCGCGGCACCCGGCUGCCCGCGGCAGCCCCGCGCUGGGGACACGGGAGGUCAUUGCAGAGCAGCAGUGGCCGUCCCUCCCCGCCCCGCUGUUUCACUCCCCGAGGAAAUAAUUAGGGAACAAUGCACGGAAGCCCGCGGCAGAACUGAGGCUCUGCAGGGCCAGUCAUUUAAACUCCUGGGAUUUCUUGAUGUUAAAAAUGUCCCAUGUGCACGAGAAUCAGUGCUCUAUGGCUCCCUGGGGUCUUUAGUUAUGGGUCUUGGACAUUUUUUAGCAACUAGUAGAGUUAGAAGAUCUUGUGAUGUUGCAGUUGGUGGCUUUAUUUGCACAAUGUUAGGAUACUGGUCUUACUGCAGGUACAACUUGGCCCAGCAAAGGAUCCGGCAAAGAAUGCUUAAAGAAGGAAUGAGAAACAGAAUUCUGUUUGAAGGCAGUUACCUUGACCCAGAAAAGGAACAAACUGGCAGUGAAAGAAGUGAUUCAUAGGCUGCUCUGGAGGAGUUGUGGUUUAAUACAUCUUCGGGAAAAGGUGGUCCAAAAAUGUGAGUCUACACUGUAAGCCUGUGAGGUGUCUAAAACUGGUAAAUCAUGGUUUUCCUAGCAAAUCUGAGCAGGAAAUUCACAGUGAAUCUGUUAAGUCUGUACAAGCCUUGCUUUGUUUCAUGUAUGUAUGUGACUGCACACAUUUGGGAAUGACGUCCUGUCAAAUAUCUGGGAGCUGAUGUGUUCUCUUGCAGGGUCUCAGAGGAUUAACAACAGUGAUUUGGAACUGCUUUAACUUCCAUUAUAAACAGAGUGUGGUUUGUUUUAGCAAAGUUGUAAUUACAUCUCAUUUAAAUACACGAAAAUAUUUUCAUCAGCUGUUGAGUAAAUGUAUCCUUCAGUGCUGUUUGUGAAACAGGAAUAUUUAAACAGUGGAAGGCUUUGCAUGUGCAAGAUGGGUGAUACCAGCAGCCUUUAUAAGAUUUCAGCUGCAAGAUAACCAGAUAACUUGCAUACACUGUGAAGCUGCAGAAUUUCCAUCUUUGUUCUGUCUGUUUGACACUAAGAAUAAAAUCACACUUCAGAGCAGUCUAAACUAUGUAAGUAAAUAAUUUUUUACCUCAUUAAAAAUCUUGCUAUUUAAGACA